GAGAGAAAGAAAACUCUACCCAAACAGUUGAAACCCAAAACCCUAGUUCAUCCAGACACCAGAUUCCAGACCACCGUCUCCGUAAUCACGUCGGCGACCUCUGUGACUACCUUAUAUCUACCGCCUCCAAGGAUGAAUCUGCUGAAAUCGCUUCCGAGAUUGAGCUUGAUUGACUGUAAUAUUCCGUUUAUCUGAAUAUUGAUCUCUUAGCGUCGCGAUCGAUCUUUGGAUUGACGAUUUCGCCAGAAUGGUCGAUGUUUCGCUCGAUGAUUUAGUAUCUUCCACAACCAUCACUCGAUGAUUUAAUAUCUUCGACAGCCAUCACCGCCUCCAUGGAUGAAUCUGUCCACAUCGCUCCCGAGAUUGUGCUUGAUUGACGGUUCGACGAUUUCGCGGAAAUGGUUCGCUCGAGGAUUUAAUCGUCGGAGGACCAGGCGAACGCGCCGACGAGGCAUCUAUAGUCGAUCUUCACAUCGGUCAUAGGAACAGAAACUUACAAGAGCGCUGGGAAGUGCGAUGAAAGAUAGAGGGGAUUCAAAGCUCUAAUACAAACUGUGAAGCUUUAUUACUGUUUGGGGUGGUAUAAAGAGAUGAUGAUUGCAUACAAGAAGAUGCUAACAUACAUCAAAUCAGCAGUGACAAGGAAUUACAGUUCAAAAUAUAUAAACAAUAUGAGGGAUUUUGUGUCUGGCUCAGCUAGUCAAAAUUUUGGUCUUCUGCAAGAAUUUUAUCAGACCCCUUUGUAGGCCCUUGAAGAGGCAAAGAACAAGAGACUUAUCUUGUCAAAAGGAAGAUGGAUCUGAUGAUCAAAAGAAAGGAAGCCAGCUGCUGGAGGUUUAUGCCAUUGAAAUUCAAAUGUAUACUGAGACAAGGAACAACAAAAUGCUCAAGAUGAAGAUUAUCUGGUAUUAUUCUGUGUUUGAAUCCCCCACCCACUCCCUACCAUGGUCUUUUUUGAAUAGAGGCUAGGCCACCUACAGUUGUCAUGUUUUCUCAUGACUAAUUAUCAAAUUUGAGAAGAUGGCUAACCUAUGUUUAACAUAUUUGCUAGUUUUUAUGAUGAUUUAGUUCAUGAUAAUUUAAAAUUAUAUACUUUGUUAAUUGAUUAUAUAGUGGUAGUUAGUUAGUCCUUUCCUUAUUCCUUUUACCGUUGUCAUUCAGUUGAGCUGUGUCUGAGAUAUUGGUUUACGUGCAAUAAUUGUAGCAAAAAGAGACAUAUAUCAUCAUAUUUCACCCCAUAGUCUCUGCAAGGUUUGCUUUACUUGUGUGUGGAUUUUCUAUGGGCCUAGUUGAACUGCAAACACUAAUAUAUUUAUUCAAUCUUGAAUUAUGGUUAUAUAACUUUUGUAUUUGGUUCACUAGUAAAGAGCAUAAAAAUUAAAUAUGAAAAUGAGUGUGUUUUAAUUGAGAACAUCUUUUAAUUUAAACUAUUAAUUAUUUACUUGGCUAUGCCUUGCAAUAGGUUGAAAAGGUUGAGUCAAGUCAGCGUAGACAAAUCCUUGUCUGGAUGGUGAAUUGGACUCUUUGAGAACAUCUGAAUUUCCAUGCUGAAGGUUAUUAUCAACUAUGGAGUAAAUAGAAAGUAGUAACCUGUAAUUCCUAUUGGAAAAUGGGUGAAUUCUUGCUUUUAGGCAUAUCUUCAUAUGCACUAUAAUUCUGAGAUUUUGUUUAAAGUAUAUUGGGCUAUUGAUGUUAUGCAAAAGAUGUCUGCACUAUUGUUCUAAAAUUUCAUUUAAAGUCUAUUGGGCUAUUGAUGUUAUGCAAAAUGUGUUUUGUAUUUCAUUGUGACUAAUAAGCUGCUAGCAAUUGAUUGCUUGUGGAAUAACUUUUAGCAUUUUGUGGCAAGAAACAAAGCUGGAGACUUUUCUCUAGAAAUGGUGUGCUUACAAGUAUGGGUUAAUCAAUGGAGGUUUUAUUAGAUCAGAAUGUAGAAAGAAAUCAGUCACAACUGGUGAACUUGGAAAUCUACUGAAAAAACAGGUUGUGUAUGGGAUGCAAUAGUGGAAGAGGCAAGUGGAAAAGAGGACGGUUAUCUUAGCUAUUAAUCAUGUUGUCAUGUUUAAAAGUUAAUAAUUGCAUUUUUGUUCACAAGCACAAACAUGCCCCCGCGACCACGCACAGGCCAUCCUGCAAGCUCUAUAGACGACACACUAGCGCGCCGUUACACAAAUGAAAAUGAAAUAUGUUGUUUUAUUAUCGGGCCCCAUGGAGCAGAGCUGACGCACAUCGGGGCUCAAAUGUUUUCGGAUU